AUGUCGGGUGGUCUACUGCGCGGCCUGUUGCUACGGCCAGGCGGGCUGGGGGCCCUCAGAGCCGUUCCCAGGAGGACAGCCGUCACGACAGAGAGCGGGAGCAUUCUGUCCAGACCAGAGCGCCCCUAUAGGAGUGCUGGGGCCGUCAUGGUGGCAAUCUGGGCGCCUCCCUUCAUCUACGGCGGAGCCAUGAUCGCCAAGUUCUUCGCCUCGUGGAUGGAAGAGAUGAACAUUUUCGUCCCUGACGAUGACGAUGACGACGAUUGA